AAAUCGAGAAGGUUUCUUCGGAAAUUCAUGGUAUCGGGCGAUAGGAAUACUCGGGUUGAGAGACUAUUCUCUAUACUGAUCGAAACCGGAAUGGUGUAUUGUGCUAUUUGGGUAACCCUAUGUUGUGCAUCAAGAUCUCAGGAGCGGGACUCAAUGUCCUGCCCGCAGAUACUUGUGGUCGUUUGGCAGUGCUCCUUCUACGUGCCGACAAAUUCCAUCACCUUUCAGGACCGAUUCGGAAACUUCAUAAAUACAGGACUUGUUCCUAUCAUUGUACAUUGA